UGUUAUUUAUGAAUGCCUGCCGCUCGUCUUCGUGUGCACGUACAAAUCUGUAUCAUUAUGUUUUGAAUAAUUGGACACCUGAUAUUGAUCGUAUGUUUUUGCUUGUGCAAUGCCUGCACUUCGACAUUAAAUAUAAGCAGUAAUUCACUGUGGUGGAUUUUGAUGCUGGCGGUGGUGGUACUGGCGGCGGCGGCUGGCGUAGCGGUGCGUUCGGCUCUUUAAUCACACUGGGUCAAUAAGACCCGUGUACCGGUGCUGUCUGCUGGUGCUGUAUCUACCGGUUGUAACACCUAGAGAGGGGCUGUCCGAUGAGGCAGGAUUGCCGAGGCCACCGCCAGACUGACCAUGUUGUCCUUGUGAGAGUGGGCGGGGCUACCUGGCCCUGAGGCGCGAAGGAAGAGGAGCCUAUCCGCAACUGUCGGACCCUCCUCUUUCCUGACAAAGACACACAAGGGGAGUAGGCGUCUCUCAACCUUCUUCCUUCCCUCCGUCUCAAUCCCCUCAACCGCCACUAUGAUGUGGUCACGUUGCUGGUGGAGAGCGUGAGGAAGCAGGAGUCUGGAAGGCGACCCUGCUCAGCCGGGGGACUCGGAUCUGUCCCUGCUGGACCCGAAAACCCUCGCAGAGUGCUGGCCCCCAGAUGGCUUGAUGCCUGAGAGCAGCUACUGGCAGCUCUGCCCUCCCUCUAAGUCCAGCCUGCAGGGGGGGUUGCUGAGCUCUAGUUUCCCUCCCGGCCCAGUCCCCCUCGUGCCGCCAGAUGCUCACCUGCAGGAAGAGGGAGAUCCCCUGGACGGCCCCCCCUCUCAUCCGCAGCAGCAUCACCGGCCUCUGGCACCUAGCACCUCGGCGUCCGAGCUGUCCCUCCCUGGGGCGGCAGCGGCUCCUCCAGGACCCGCCCCACCCCCACCUCCUCCCCCACCGCCCAAACGGCACUGCCGCUCUCUGUCAGUCCCGGAGGACCUGUCCCGCUGCCGCUACACAUGGCGGCCCAGCGCCUCACGGGUGUGGACUCCUGUCAGUCGGCAGCAGUGCCACGGAGGAGUUGGUAGUGUGGGGGUUGCAGGUGUGGUGGCAGGUGCCACGGGGGGCGGCGCCUGCCCUCUCCGGGCACCAAGCUCCUCUUUGAACUCAUCCCUGCACUCCUCGUCCAGCCCCACCUUCUUUAGCUUGGCACUUUCUCCGGACUCACCACUUCCUUGGAACUUCCCCUGGGACCCCAUUGAGGCAGCGGCAGGGGGAGGAGCCUGCUGCUGUUUCUUCCCCUCCCCGUCCUCCUGCUCCUCAUCGCCCUCGCCCCUCCACCCGCCACCAACCCCUCAGAGGCGUUUCUCCCUCUCACCCGUGCUCAUCAGAGACUCGGCAGCAACUGCCACCUUCCUGCCUCCGCCUCCCGUUCCCAGCCAAGCAGCAGUGCCUCCCCCGGGCUGCUGUGCAGCUGGCGGAGCUAUGGCGGGGGCCCCAGUGCCUGCCUCGCCUUCCUCGGCCUGCAGCACGCCGUCAUCUCUGCGCCGCAGCCUGCCGCCACAGCUACCACGUUGCCACUCGCAGCCCUGUGACCUGCUGCUGCUGAAACCGGGCCUGAAGAGGCGUCGCGACCCAGAUCGCCCAUGUGCCCGCCCUGUCCUCGACUUCACCAAGAUGACUCAGACCCGCAGCAUAGACCCGCAGUGUUUAGAGCGUAGCGGCAGGCUGGCCUGCGGCGGCGAUCUCUACAUGGCCAUGGAGUCCUUCAUGGGCGACUUCCGGGGCUCCUGCUCGCCGGCCGAGUGUCUGGGCAGGACGAGCAUCGGCCCGCUGAGCGAGAGCGACGAAGAGUGCCGCGAGGAUGACGAUGACGACGACGAUAGAGAGGAGGACGUGGACGAGCGUGAAGCUGCCCAGCAGGCGGUCUUUGAAAGGGAUUGUACAGAACUGGACUUGAAUUUAAUCGAAGAAAACUGACGUGUUUGUAAAAUGGAAGGCUGUUUCUUUCCCCCUUCCUUUUUAUUUAUUUUUAGAAAGGAAGUUCCAUUUUAAAUUUAGAUCGCACCCAUGCCACCAAUCAGCAAGGCUCUCAGGAACACCUCCUCACAUUAGACGAGUAAGUUGACGCUGAUUGACGACAACAGUAAUGAUGUGACUGCUUGCUUGAAAGACUCCGAUGGCUGGACUCUCUGAAUCGUGAAAGGAUUCAGACUGUCAGGUGUCCUCUGCAUCCACCAACAUUGGGGCGUCUUCCAACAUACAGCUGCCGAGUCUCCCAAUAGGUUGGUUGCCUAACACAGCACACAGCGUCCACCCGAAGCAUUGCCACUGCAGAAACAAAACACAGCAGAAAGUCCACAAAUCCUUUGUUUUUAAAGGCGCAGAUUUGUUUAAAAUAAAAGCAAGUGGUGUUUUUUUAAUAUAUAUUUUGGGUAGACAUAAUAACAUCAUAACAUCUGAAGAGAUUGUCCUCUCCCGUUAAUUAAAAAAUAGCAAGUCAACACAUUUUCCCCGUAACAGGUUAAGGAAAUGUUGUCAAAUGUCCAUCCCUAGCUUUCAUGCCACGUUCAAGACAGCUUGGAAAGAAAAGCUCUCGCAUGGAGUGUCUGAAUUCUGACCUCGGCCCCAGUUCCAGAUGAACCAAUUGUCAAGAGCCAUCCUUUCACCAAUCUUUUGGCGACCUCGAUCAUUUUAGUCAGACGUGAUGAUAAUAUGUGAUCAUUUAUAAUAGCAACAUACAUGCAUCAGUUUUGCCCAGAAUUGCAGCAAAGUGUUCAGGUGUGGCGUGGUGCUGUGUCGGCAUCGUCCUCUUCAGCCGCGCUGAGGUCAAGUAGCCACUGAUGCUGUUGUUUACCCGAGUGUGAAUGCACCUUCCUGCUCAUUCACUAUGUACUGUAUGUGUGUGUGUUAUGUUAACAUACAAAUAACCUUUGACACCUAAGAAGAGGCGCUCAUCGGGAUUUGUGUCAUUGAGGAAGAUGAUUAAUAAGAGCAACAUUAGAAACCGUAAGGACAAUCAUAAAGAUUAAUGUUACUUUGUCCCCCUGUUAGGAUAUCUUUGCAUUCUCAUUCAUUUCAAACAUACAUGCAGAAACCAUGAUAAUCUUCCAUAACACACACACACAAAACUUACCCCCCGCUUCAGUCAACCUCUCCGUAAAGCCCAACAUGAGCCUUAACUAAAACAUUCUGUAAAUCAAAAAUGUGAUUUUUUUUUUUUUUAUUAAAAAGAAAAGGAAAGUGUGUCCUGUAGCUGUCCAAAAGUUGAAGUCCUUCCGUUUAUUUCUGAUUUUUUUAUUUUUUUUUUUAUAUUUCUGAUCUGAGCGAAUCGUCCGCGGCGACGGACGUCACAAAAUCGGACGCUUGGGUAAAAUGAACAAUGAGCGAUCAUGAACAAGUUAGAAGACAAAGAGAGAGACCUGGGAACAUCUCUCGUCUUUUAGAAUUUUUUUUAUUAUUAUUAUAAUUGUAUGUGUUUAAAAAAAAAUGACAACAUGGCAAUUUGGAGAAAAAAAAGCAGUUUGUGAAUAAAUUAAGUUUAUUGAGAAUUAUUUUACAAAGAAUGAACACCAGUGUCUUGUGUUUAUUGUCAAUAAUUACAAGUUAUUUUCUGGUUUUAGUUUGAAAAAGG